GACUUCCCAGGAUGCCCCGCGCGACGCCUGUGCCAACCGCAGGGAGAGGAGGGAGGUGGAGGCCGCGAUGGCGACGCCGGAGCCGGAAGUGCAGUGCUCCGCCGCAGUCCCUGGUUUGGAGUGGUAUGAGGAGCCGGGAGAACCUCACGGUCCCCUGGGUCUGCUGGAGACCAGCUCCGCCCAGGAACUUGCCAAUCCCCCCGAGGCCUUCUCCCCGAGGGACUGCUUGGUGCCAGUGGUGUUUCCUGGGCCGGUGAGCCAGGAAGGCUGCUGUCAGUUUACUUGUGAACUCCUAAAGCAUAUCAUGUACCAACGUCAGCAACUCCCGCUGCCCUAUGAGCAGCUGAAGCACUUCUACCGCAAACCCCAGGCAGAGGAUGCGGUGAGAAAGAAACCUCUGGCUAGCACUGAGGCGAACAGCAGGAAAUGCCAACAAGCCCUGGCAGAACUGGAGAGUGUCCUCAGUCACCUAGAGGACCUUUUCUCCCGGACGCUGGUACCAAGAGUGUUGAUCCUCCUUGGGGGCAAUGCCCUGAGCCCCAAAGAGUUCUAUGAACUGGACUUGUCCCGGCUGGCCCCCUUCAAUGUGGACCAGAGCCUAAGCACAGCAGCUUGUUUGCGUCGUCUCUUCCGAGCCAUUUUCCUGGCUGAUGUCUUUAAUGAGCUGCAGGCUCCUCCACUUAUGGGCACCAUUGUCAUGGCACAGGGGCACCGGGACUGUGGAGAAGAUUGGUUCCGGCCUAAGCUCAACUACCGAGUACCCAGCCGGGGCCACAAACUCACUGUGAGCCUGUCCUGUGGUAGAUCUUCCACCCCAGCUGUGGAGCUGGAGGAUUACGUUUGGUUCCAGGCACCAGUGACACUAAAAGGCUUCCAUGAGUGAAGGAGGGGCUUCCUAACCUGUGAAGACACAGCGACUCUAUCACCUGUCAGCGUCAACUCACCCGUGCGUUCCUUAGAAUUGGAGCUGCUUCCUGGUGAGGGAGGAAGGAAGGCUCUGCCCUUCUGGCUGUCUGCCUCCCCCACCCCCGCCAGGCCUCCUGACGGCUAUGACUUCAUAAUCCUAGUUGAAUGACAUCUCAGAAUCAAAGGUUGACUCUACAGAGGGUUCUGUUUGGGGUUGAAAAGCCGAGAUGGUCCAUAGAGUCUCUCACAGGCAGGUGGCCCUUGGCUGCUUUUGCCCUGUCCUUUCAGAAUUGUUAGCAGUCAUAUGUGGGUGUAACUCAUGAAUUUUAAUAGAAAAUGAACAAUCAUUAAAUGUUCCUGAAGCUUUGGACAUGUAGAUGCCUCUAAACCUUGAGGUUAUUUGGUUUUCCUCUUGGGUCUUUUCUCCUCGUGGGCUUCUAGAAUUAUUUUUACUACCUUUAUUUUCUCUCACCCAUCAGCCCAGGCCAGUCUGAGAUGUUAGGAGGCUUGGCCAAGGUUCUGUAAGUAAUGUCUGAUGAUAACAGACGUAAAGCUAAAGUCCUCAUCAGCUAGCUUCUAGUCCAGCAUUUCUUGCCACAUACUGGUCUU